UCACCAAAACUCUCUUUUCUUAACUCAACAAAUCUGUGAAAAAACUUGAAAAUCCAAAGAAAAAGAGAAGAAAGAAAGAUUGAAAUAGUGGCGACCGAUAAUAGAGAAGAAGGAGAGGGAGGAGAGGGUCGUCUCCAUUCGUUUUUAUCGUCGAUUUUAACGAGUCUUGGUGGAGUGUUUGGACAGAAUUAUUAUCAAGAACAAGAAGAAGAAGAGACUGAAAUGGAUAAUAAUAAUAAUAAAGGUGUUGUUGUUCAUCAUAAUUUACCAAGAGGAGAAAUGGGAGGGAAACAGAAAGUUGGACAAGCCGUUGGAAAAAAUAGGCGUGUGCUCGGAGACAUUGGCAACCUCGUGACUGCUCCUGCUGUCGAAGGAAAGCCUAAAAUGCAGAUUACUCGUCCUGCUACUAGGAGCUUUUGUGCACAGUUGCUAGCUAAUGCACAAGCAGAGAAGAACAAGAAAUCACUUGCAGAAGUUGUCAAUAAAGGUGGUCAAAUAAAGGUACCAGCCAAGAAGAAGGCAUCAGAUAACCUUGCAAAUGAAACUGUUAUUGUUAUAAGCCCUGAUAAGGAGGAAGUGAAGACUAUUGAGGAAAGCCCAUUGAGCAGAAGAAAGACAAAGAAAACUGGAAAGACACUCACUUCUACCCUUACUGCAAGAAGCAAGGCUGCUUGUGGACUUUCCAACAGACCAAAGAAUGAGAUCGAUGACAUUGAUGCUGCGGAUGCUGAUAAUCAUUUGGCAGCUGUGGAGUAUGUUGAGGAUAUUUACAAUUUCUACAAGCUCACUGAGGAUGAAGGUCGAGUGAACGACUACAUGAAUUUUCAACCAGAGUUGAAUCAUAAGAUGAGAGCCAUUCUUGUGGACUGGUUAAUAGAAGUUCAUAGGAAGUUUGAGCUAAUGCCUGAGAGCCUUUACCUUGCAAUUAACAUACUGGACCGUUUCCUAUCGGUCAAGACGGUUCCCAGGAGGGAACUUCAGUUAGUUGGUAUUAGCUCGAUGCUAAUCGCUUGCAAGUAUGAAGAGAUUUGGGCACCAGAGGUCAAUGAUUUCAUUCAUAUAUCAGACAAUGCAUAUGCCAGAGAGUCUAUACUUCAGAUGGAGAAAGCAAUUCUUGGGAAGCUAGAAUGGUAUCUGACAGUUCCAACACCAUAUGUGUUUCUGGUUAGGUACAUUAAAGCUUCAACACCAAAUGAUCAGGAGAUGGAGAAUAUGGCUUUCUUCUUUGCUGAACUUGGUCUGAUGAACUAUCAGACCACAAUAGCAUGCUGUCCAUCAAUGCUGGCUGCAUCAUCCGUUUACGGUGCUCGUAGCACUCUCAACAAAAGUCCUCUAUGGACUCAAACUCUGCAGCACCAUACUGGAUACUCAGAAGAACAGUUGAUGGAAUGCACAAAGCAAUUGGUUGGCUAUCACUUAGGUGCUGCAGAAAAUAAGCUGAAGGCGAUUUACAGGAAGUUCUCUAGCCCAGAUAGAGGUGCUGUUGCUCUAUUCCCACCAGCAAGAAAUCUUUCACCAACUACUACUACUACUACAUCUUCUUGCUGAUUUGUUUCUUUUUAGUUUGGCAAGGUUUCGAGAUCAUGUUACUGUUGUGAUCUCUUUAGCUUUUAGAGUACUGGUGUGAUUUUGGCUUUUGGAGUGUGAAACUUUAGAAGAAACUAUGGUUUAUGAUUUUACCUACUAGUGAAGUCAUGUAAAUCCUCAUGUUCUUUUGUUAAUACAAUUAAUUGAUUCAUUCUUUUAUUGUA